AUGGUUAAAGUUACCUUCGCCUCUGUCUGCCUGGCAGCCGUUCCCGGCGCCAUCGGGGCCACCCUCAUCGCCUCGCAUUACAGCGGUCAGCUCUACACCCUCAACCUGACGUCCACGAACCAGCUCACGAUCGCAAAGACGGUCAGCUCCGGGAGCCGCAUGCCAGCAUGGCUCGACUUGGAUUCCACGUCGAAAACCGUCUACAUACCCGACGAGGUCCAGUUCGGACAGCCACUUCUGAAGAGCUUCUCUGUCGCGGCUGACGGCAGCUUGACAGCGAAAGGCCAGGUGCAAACCGCUGGUGGCGAGCUGCACAGCACGCUGUACGGAGGAUCAGACGGAAAGGGAUUCAUCGCUUUGGCGCGGUACGAUGCCUCCACAAUCUCUACAUACGCUCUCCCGUUGAGCGGAUCAGCUCAAGCUUUGCAAAAGUUGACCUUCACCAUGUCCCAGCCGGGCCCCAUCCCGUCUCGCCAAGAAAAGCCGCACCCGCACUCUGUCUUCACCGACCCUUCAGGACGGUUUCUUCUGUCUGCCGAUCUCGGUGCGGAUCUCAUCCGCGUCUUCAGCAUCGGCAGCACUGGCCAACUCACCCAGUGUCCUUCUGUCCAAACCGGCCCUGGCGACGGACCCCGUCACGGAGCGUUCUACACCCAGGGCAACACGUCAUUCCUGUACACCGUCAACGAGCUAUCCAACUCCAUCUCCUCUUGGUCCGUCGCUUACCCAACGAGCGGCUGUCUCAACCUUGUGAAGAAACAAACCACAUCCACGUUCCCGGCCGGGAAAACCGCCCCGACAGGAUCCAAGGCCGCCGAAGUGCACGUGAAGGGCAACUUCGUGUACGUGUCGAACCGGUAUGAUCGCUCUUUCGGCUCGCAGGAAGACUCCAUCGCGACGUACUCCAUCGAUCCUUCGUCUGGCCAGGCUGCGUUUGUGGAGCUCACGAGCGCCUUCUCGUACUUCCCACGAACCUUUGCCAUCAACAAGGCCGGCGACCUCGUCGCGGUCGGCGGCCAGACAAGCGCCAACGUCGCCAUUGUCGAGAGAAACGUGACAACGGGCAGGCUUGGAAAGCUGGUUGCCAGUCUGAAAGUCGGAAACCCAGGCAAUGUGAACCAAGAAGACGGACUAAGUGCAGUUAUCUGGAAUGAGUGA